CCUGGGGAAUAAAACACGAGGAGCCAGAAACCUGGGGAAUAAAACACGAGGAGCCAGAAACCUGGGGAAUAAAACACGAGGAGCCAGAAACCUGGGGAAUAAAACCUGAAGAACCAGAAACUUGGAGAAUAAAACACGAGGAGCCAGAAACUGGGAGAAUGACCAGAAACACAGAGAAUAAAACACGAGGAGCCAGGAGAAUAAAACCAGAGGAACAAGGAGUGGAGGAGGUAAAACAGAAAUGGAAAAGCCUGCGAGAUACAUAUACAAGAAAAAAGCGCGAAGAUGAUUGCCGAAGUGGACAGGCUGCUAAAAACAAGAAGCCGUGGAAAUUUAUGAAGGUCAUGGAGUUCCCUGAAUUUCGAAGUGUUCACAGCAAUAUUUCUCCUGAAAAAAUGGAUGAAGGGGUUGACCAGGUGGUGGUUCAAAAAGAAGUGAGCGACAGAGAAGAAGCAUCAGCAAGCACGUCUCCAGGAUCAUACUUCUCCAGCCCAACUGUGACAAGGCCUACUGUAAACAAAAGAAAACGGCCAGAGACACUAGACCUCUUGGACCGGUACCUCUUAUCCAAAGAAGCCAGGAAAAGUGAGAAAGAGGAACGCAGAAGAGAGAAAGAGGAGCUCAGAGAGCAACGAAGAGAGCAACAAAAUGAUGAAAAUUACUUGUUUGCUCUUGGCUUGAUACCAGUACUAAGGAGAUUGUCCCCAGCCAUACAGUCUUCGGUCAAAUUAAAAAUACAUCAGCUGUUGCAUGAUGCUGAGUUUGGCCAAGCCUCUUCUGCUUUUUUUCCACAGCAGUUGCCGGUGUCCUACCAUCAGGUCCCCCCACAGACCCCAACAAACUAUGGCUGCUCUACAACUUCUUGGCUACCCUAAUAGAUGUUUAUUAUAUACAUUUUAAAUCAGUAUUUUUUUUUAGUGCUUUUUUUUUUUUUUUUUUUUUACAUUCAAGCGCCACCUUGCGUACCGGGGUAUUUCUGUUUUACAUUAAGCGCCAUCUAAUGUCAGGGAAUGAAUUUGCAUGUUCACUCGGCUCAUCCUCAGCGAAAAUCGCUUGGGUGUGAACACAAAAAACGCGUUGCCGAUAUUCGUCCCGGUGUGUACGACCCUUAAGUGUAUUGUAGCAGCAAAUUUAAACCAGAGAAAGCUUUGAUGUGCUAAAGCAGUGCUUGAUGCAUAAGGGAUCAUCUGACAAUUUCACCGAUUGCUUGACUUCUAACAUUUAAAAUAAAACAUUACCAAACUAAGCCGUGUAUAACUCAAAGUGAUUUACUACAGGUGGAUUUUGCCAAUACCUUUUCUUCAUAUAUUCAGUACAGUACACAAUUAUUUUAAAAUAUAUAUUUUUAAUAUAUUAAUUUUUAAGCCUUUUGUUUUACUGGGAC